AUGUACUGUGUCUUCACUCCACCUAAGCCAAAUAUGUACUGUGUCUACACUCCACUUAAGCGAAAUAUCUACUGUGUCUACACUCCACUUAAGCUAAAUAUGUACUGUGUCUUCACUCCACUUAAGCGAAAUAUCUACUGUGUCUACAAUAACCUUAAACCAAGUAUCUACUAUGUCUACACACCACCUAAGCUAAAUAUGUACUGUGUCUACACUCCACCUAAGCCAAAUAUGUACUGUGUCUACACUCCACUUAAGCGAAAUAUCUACUGUGUCUACACUCCACCUAAGCCAAAUAUGUACUGUGUCUACACUCCACCUAAGCCAAAUAUGUACUGUGUCUACACUCCACUUAAGCUAAAUAUCUACUAUAUCUACACUACACUUAAACCAAGUAUCUACUAUGUCUACACUACACUUAAACCAAAAAUCUACUGUGUCUACAAUAACCUUAAACCAAGUAUCAACUAUGUCUACACUACACUUAAACCAAAAAGCUACUGUGUCUACAAUAACCUUAAACCAAGUAUCAACUAUGUCUACACUACACUUAAACCAAAAAUCUACUGUGUCUACAAUACACUUAAACCAAGUAUCUACUAUGUCUACACUACACUUAAACCAAAAAUCUACUGUGUCUACAAUAACCUUAAACUAAGUAUCUACUAUGUCUACACUACACUUAAACCAAAAAUCUACUGUGUCUACAAUAACCUUAAACCAAGUAUCUACUAUGUCUACACUCCACCUAAGCCAAAUAUGUACGGUGUCUUCACUCCACCUAAGCUAAAUAUGUAA